AUGGCCGAGGCUGUGGGUCUUGUAGCCAGCAUUAUCGCUGUCCUCGACCUCUCAGCGAAAGUCCUAGGGUACAUCAACGCCGUCAAAGAUGCCUCGAAAGAUCGCGCGCGUUGUGGAUUGGAGAUCUCAAAUAUGCACGGUCUUCUCGAGAAGUUGAGGUUUCGAGCCGAACAGCGUAACGACUCCGAAGCUUGGUACGAAGCGGCAAAAGAUCUUACAAAAGACGGUGGCCUGCUUGAUCAAUUCAAGCAAGCUCUGGAUCGCUUAGACCACGGUUUGACCGAGGGAGGAAGAUUGAGACGCGUUGCUGAAGCCUUGAGAUGGAAAUUCAAGAAGGAAGAAGUCCUUGAGAUCAUGACCCAUCUCGAACGGCUGAAAUCAGUCAUGGUGGUCUCGCUCCAGAUGGACCAGUUGUGA